AACUAUCCAUCAAUGCUUUCUGCAACAAUAUAACUUUGCAACAAUAAUAUCAACUGAGGUGAAUGAAUAUUGCGAACACCAUUUAAAAUAAGUCCUAUAUAUUUAAAUUAUUAUUUGAGUAAAUUACAUAUUAAGGUAAAUUUGUCUAUAUUUUGUUUCAAAAAUGGGCUUAUUUGGUAAAACUAAAAAAGACCCGAAAAAACAAGUUAAACAUUGGCUAUCAACAUUAAAGAAAGAAAGUAAUCAUUUGGAACGUCAAAUAAAAAGCAUUCAAAGAGCGGAAGGAAAAACACGCUUACAGCUGAAAGACGCUGCCAAGAAAGGUGAUGCAGAUGUUUGCAAAAUUAUAGCCAAGGAAGUACUUCGUGGUAGAAAGACUAUAAAACGUAUCGAUUCCACCAAAAUUCAAAUCAGUUCUUUCAUAGCAACUCUAAGCCAUCAGUUAGCCAUUUUAAGAGUCGUUGGCUCUCUUGAAAAAAGCACGGAGGUCAUGGAAAAUGUACAAAAUCUUCUAAAAAUUCCAGAAAUUUUUCAAACAAUGGUUGAGAUGUCUAAAGAAAUGAUGGAAGCGGGGAUUCUGGAGGAAAUGGUAGAAGAGUCGUUCGAAAUGUUAGAUUAUCAAGAGGACAUUGAUGAAGAAGCGCAAGAAGAAGUUAAUAAAAUCUUGUGGGAACUAACGGCAGGACAAAUUGGUGCAGCACCUGAAACUGCGUCGGAUUUGUCAGGGAUAGAACACCAAAACAAAGUUGCACCUUCUACAUCCAGACAAAGUGAUUUGACUGCUAUGCAAGAGAAACUUCAUGAACUUAGAAGUUAA